GGAUAAGCGUAACCAGCCGUUGCCAACAACUUCAAACAGCCCUUUCGGAGCCUGUCAGCGGUGUGUCGCCUGACUGUGCUGCUUCUUCAUCUGGCCUGAGACCUACAAACAUGCUGUCCUUCGCUAUCAGACAACUCACACGGCCACUGUGCCAGCGAGCCCCACUUCGUCUCAGUGUACGUUGCCAGCAGUCGCAUGCCGCCACCCGUGCAGCGGAUGAAGAUCGUGCAUGGACAGGCCAGGAGAGUCUGUCUCAGGACGACCCUGAGAUGUGGGAUCUGCUGAUAAAGGAGAAGGACAGGCAGUGCCGCGGUUUGGAGCUCAUUGCAUCUGAGAAUUUCUGCAGUCGAGCAGCUCUGGAAGCUCAGGGCUCCUGUCUGAACAACAAAUACUCUGAAGGCUACCCAGGGAGAAGAUACUAUGGUGGAGCAGAAGUGGUCGACCAAAUUGAGCUGCUGUGUCAGAAACGAGCCUUGGAGGCCUUUGACCUGGACCCAGCUCUGUGGGGCGUCAACGUGCAGCCAUACUCUGGCUCCCCCGCUAACUUCGCUGUCUACACCGCUGUGCUCAACCCCCAUGACCGCAUCAUGGGCCUGGACCUGCCCGAUGGAGGACAUCUGACCCAUGGCUACAUGUCCGAUGUGAAGAGGAUCUCUGCAACUUCAAUCUAUUUUGAGUCCAUGCCUUACAAGCUAAAUACUGCAACAGGACUUAUAGACUACGACCAGAUGGAGUUGACGGCCAAGCUGUUCCGGCCCAAGCUCAUCAUCGCUGGCACCAGCGCCUAUGCCCGCCUCAUUGACUACACCCGCAUCAAGAAGCUGUGUACUGACAUUAAGGCCUACAUGUUAGCUGACAUGGCUCAUAUCAGCGGCCUGGUGGCGGCCAAAGCCAUCCCCUCUCCCUUCGACCAUGCUGACCUGGUCACGUCUACCACACACAAAUCCCUCCGAGGAGCCAGGGCUGGCCUCAUCUUCUAUCGCAAGGGUGUUCGCUCAGUGGACAAGAAGGGGAAGGAGAUCAUGUACGACCUUGAAGACAAGAUCAACUUCUCCGUCUUCCCCUCCCUGCAGGGUGGACCUCAUAACCAUGCUAUCGCUGGUGUGGCUGUGGCGCUCAGGCAGGCAAAUUCUCCCAUGUUCAAGGAGUAUAUCGCCCAGGUACUAAAGAAUGCCAAGUCUAUGGCCAAAGCUCUCCUCAGCAAAGGCUACACCCUGGUAUCAGGUGGGACCGACAACCACCUGGUCCUGGUUGACCUGCGGCCUAAGGGCAUUGACGGAGCUCGGGCCGAGAGGGUGCUGGAGCUGGUGUCAAUCACUGCCAAUAAGAACACCUGCCCCGGGGACAAGAGCGCCCUGACUCCUGGUGGCCUCAGGCUAGGUGCUCCAGCUCUGACAUCCAGACAGUUCAAAGAGGCUGACUUUGUGCAAGUUGUCGAGUUCAUGGAUGAGGGCUUUAAGAUCGCCUUGGACGUCAAGAAAAAGACAACAAAGCUCCAGGAUUUCAAGAACUUCCUUCUCCAAGACCCAGAGACCGUGGCUCGCAUCGCCGACCUGCGCCACCGCGUCGAAGCCUUUGCCAGGCCCUUUCCCAUGCCAGGCUUCCACGACCAUUAAACCAAACAAUAUAGAGUCUGCGGGGCCAUAACAGCCAGGUGGCAGGAAGCUGGCUGGGCAGGGAGAGGGAGAAAUGUCAUGGUAAUGAAAUGUGGUCGGUGCCUGUGAAUCAGGAUCACUUCCCCCUUUUUCCCAUCAGAACUGGAAAGAAAAUACACAUUUUUUUAUACUUCUUUGCAGUAAUCCAUCAAUUCAUUCUUUAGGUAAAGAAACAAUAAGAUAUGACAGAUUUUUUUAGAGACAAGAGCCUAUUUUCUAUUGUAUAUGCAAAUAUCUUUCUCAGUUGUCUUCAUGUCAUUUCAUUAAUGUAAGUGUGUGGGAGGGAAAAAAAUAACAUGUCAAAUCAAACAACGACCAACAGCUCUUUGUGUCACAGGCUCUGUGACUUGAUUAGUGUAUAAUUAGUAUAAUAAGAUACACUGAGAGUCUUGUUCUAUGAAGAGUCUUAACUAAUGUCACUAAUGUCGAUUAUUACAUUCACAUUGAGAUGUGGGCAUGAUAGUUUUCUGCUUAUGAAACCAGGUACGCACGGAGGCUUAAUGUGGUGAAGGGGUGUUCUGACACACAAUGUUGUGUUGCUAUUAGAUAUCUAUGGGGAAAUAUGGUUGGAAGAUAAGAAAUAAACCUAGAUGUUGUCAAAGUAUCAUCUCUAUAAGUUAAAUCUUAAGCUUAGUAAAGAUUCGUGCAGCUUGUUUCCAGUGUCACAUUAUACAGGAGGUGGACUAAAUAAUUUUAGCAGCUUUUAAUAUACUAUAAUCUAAUAAAGCAACACUAGAACCUGUGUUCACACAUAGUGUUUAUACUGUGAGAUGUUUUUUUUAAUGAAAAUAAAACAUCAGAAUCUUCAGAAAGUACGAUUUAAUGUGCAUUUGUAUAAGAUUACAUUAUAAAUGUCCACCUCUGUCAGAUGUAAUUUUCCUUUUAACACUCGUCUUUUCUCUUCCAGCACAUCACUGAUGUCAGAUCUUAAUUGCUAUAUAUUUUGUUAUGACAGAUAAAUAACCAAAUGGAAUAAUAACACAAAUGUCACCCUGGAUCAUUUUAUACUUUCCUUUAAGUGCGUUUACAGAGAGUUUAUACUUUUCUAUGUAUUAUUUAAAAAAGAAUUAACCAUGUAACAGCCGCCAUGUCACACAAAUCUUAAGGUUUCCGAUACCAGCUGAGUUGUUGUAUUAGAGGAAAGACUAUUUUUAGUGCAGUCUACCUGAUUUAAGUGUCAUUUAUUUCGCCAUGGUGUUCAGUGAUGGAAACUGUGAUGCAGCUUGAUUUUGGAGAAGAAAAGAAAAGAAUAUUUUGUUGUCUAUGUGGCUCACAGAUUGGAACUGUUGUCAUUAUCACUGCAUCAGUGAGGAAGCAAGAUUUCUGUUUGUGAAAUGAUCGUACAGCACAAUGGAGAGGAGGGUGUUAGAAAUGGUGUGGUUACUUUCUUACUUUGCACAAAACACAGCCUCCAGAGUGAACCAAAUCAUACAAAUUAUCCACAUCACAAGUUUUUGACAGCUGAUAGAGUAGACUCUGCCAAAAUAUACCAAUAAGUAUUUUACUACUAUGUUCAUGGAUCUACUGUUUGUCUGUUGUCGUCUCUGAUAUGUUGCCAGCCUUUGUACAUCCACACAAGUUUGAACUUGCUUUCUUUUACAGAACAUUUUUAUUAACAUUUAAUCAGUAUUAGCUGAAUAAAAUCUGAUAAUGCAAGCAA